UAGUUUAACAACAUUCUGCGGAAAUAGUAAACUAGAUAUUGAGACAUGGUUAUUAGAAUUUGAAUUAAAUGCAGAGAUCGUAGGGUGGUCAGAUUUACAGAAAUUUGUAUAUGCUAAACAGCUACUUAGGGGCGCUGCUAGACUUUUUAUUAGAAGUCAAUUGCACCUUAAAGAUUGGGUUUCAUUUAAGAGUACUUAACAAGAUGAGUUCGGAAGUAAAUUAAAUGCCUCAGAAGUUCAUAGAAGAUUAACGAAUAGACAAAAACAUACAAAUGAAACAAAUUUAAAAUAUUUAUACUCAUUGAUGGAGAUUGGAAGUAAGAUAAGUUUAAAUGAGG